GCGGCUUCGUGGAUCAUGUGAGAGAGGAGGGGGGCGAAGCGGAGUAACCGGUUCCUGGUUGCCCAGUGGAUGAGGAAGUAGCGCGAGCGGCAGACAUGGCCUCCCUGUUCAAGAAGAAGACGGUGGACGAUGUAAUAAAGGAGCAGAAUAAGGAGCUAAGAGGCACGCAGAGGGCCAUAACCAGAGACCGCACCGCCUUGGAAAAGCAGGAGAAGCAGCUGGAAAUGGAAAUAAAGAAGAUGGCCAAGACAGGUAAUAAAGACGCCUGCACGAUUUUAGCAAAGCAGCUGGUGCAGUUACGUAAGCAGAAAACAAGAACUUAUGCCGUUAGUUCCAAAGUCACCUCUAUGUCAACGCAGACCAAAGUCAUGAGCUCACAGAUGAAGAUGGCGGGUGCAAUGUCCACUACAGCAAAGACAAUGCAAGCCGUGAACAAGAAGAUGGAUCCACAGAAAACUCUGCAAACGAUGCAGAAUUUCCAGAAAGAAAAUAUGAAGAUGGAAAUGACAGAAGAAAUGAUAAACGACACACUGGAUGACAUCUUUGAUGCCUCUGAAGAUGAAGAGGAAAGCCAGGAUAUUGUGAACCAGGUGUUGGAUGAGAUUGGGAUUGAAAUCUCAGGAAAGAUGGCAAAGGCACCCUCCGCAGCUAAAGGACUUCCCUCCGCAUCCUCAACGAAGGCGACCACCAUAUCAGACGAAGAGAUUGAGCGCCAGCUGAAGGCCCUGGGAGUAGAUUAAUGGCUGAGACCUUUCCGCUGUGUGUGGACUUGUAUUUUGGCUACUAAUGGAACAGCUUGAACAGGAAUUUUAUUUUUGAGGACUAAACGUGUCUUUUUGUUUCCUAAUGUACACUACAUUAGCUUGUAUAAUACUAGUCGCUGUAUAUAGACAAUAACACCAUUACCCUGUACAAAUUUCCCUGUGUGUCAAGAGACGCUGACCUCCAGGGUCCGCCGCAUUGUAGAGCUUGGUAAAACUGCUCCUACUUUACAUCUAAUGGACAGAAUUCUUUGCAAUGCAAUUUGAUCAGCAAAUGAUCUGAACAGUUUUGACUAUUAACUCGCCACCUUCCAGCCGUGCGCAUGGUAACCGAUUCCUAACAUGCAUGCUUAGAAGUUUAUUAAGUCAGGGUUUUCUAUUUAAAAAAGGUAUAUCUUAUUCAUGUAAUAUUCCAUGCAACCUUCAUCUUUCUGCCGCGCACAUGACUGGCUCCAUCACUGGGAAUUCUGCUAGAAUUCACCCAAUUGUCCAGAAUGAAUACACAACAGUGUUGGUUAAUAGAGCUAGACGAGACUAGUCCGAUCCUUAAGACUCCUUUACAUUGCCCGGUGUUCGGGCAGAUUAUUGAUCUACCAGUGUAAAGGCGCAGUCGAUUAGAGCAAAACGAUAGUAGGAUCAUUCAUGCGGUAUUGUCUAAUCAGCCUCUGCUGUCAGCAAACCGCGAUUCUGCAUGGGGACGAGCAAUGGCAUUAGCGAUCGCUAAUCCCCAUACUAGGCAGGGGAUCACUGCAGGCCGUUAUCUGAAAUGAGCGCUUCCUUCCUAACAAGCAGUGUGAAAGGGCCUUUAGUCCAUGGAUGCACAGAAUCCUGGAUAUUUAGUUAGGAGAUCUGCCAGACACACGGACCGGGCCCAUCAUGGCUGCGCACAUGAUCCCUUUAGUGAAGAGUAUAUUUUAUUUUUCCUUCCUUGCAUUUUGCCUAUUUGACGAUUUCAGUGCUCUGGAUGCUCUGUUGCUGAGCUUUCUCUAUAUUGCUAUUUGCACUUGGUUACAUAUUGGGACUUUUACCAUUUGUUUUUUAGUCCAAGAUUUACCUACAAAGGAAUGGCUGUGAGGUUUAUCGUUUCCGUUUUAUUCCUUUUACAUUUUGUCUUUAGAUGUGGAUACAAGCUUAUUACUGAAAUAUUACAUUCUCCCUUGUGAGUGCUUGACCUCAUGCAGAAGAUGGAGCCGUGGGCACAAGUCCUGUACAGAGACGAGCGCAGUCUGUUUGGCUCCAUUUAAUGCACCCAUAGGGGUUAAUCUUCUGUAAAGCGCUGUGUUACAGAGAGAUUCCCCAGUGGAUAAUGUCAUGUGUAUGAUCAUACGGUGCAUCGAAGUCUGUGGGUGCCGUAUUACCUCUGGUUGUACUGAGCAGUAAUACAGCAUUGUGCAUGAGCCCUUACAAUGGGAAACGCCUUCUCCUUCCUGUAUAUUCUGUAUGAUUUGCUUUUUUAUUAGUAGCCUGCUCUUAUGUUUUGGGAUGUUGGUAUCUAUGGUUUUAUUUGCAUUUUUAGUUUCCGUCUCCCUGAUUUUUGUGCCUUUUGUAAAUUAAAGCCUUUUCAUAACCAUCA